CUUGUCGAGUUGGUAGAGGCACAACGUUGGCGGUCAGUGAAUACCAGUCAGGCGUGACGAGCAAUGGGUGCUUAUAAGUUUAUGCAAGAGCUGUAUCGACGUAAGCAGUCCGAUGUUAUGCGCUACAUUCAGCGCAUGAGGUGUUGGGAAUAUCGUCAAACCCAUGCUAUCGUCAGAGUAACACGGCCAUCGCGUCCUGAUAAGGCGAGAAGAGUUGGCUACAAAGCUAAACAAGGAUACGUUAUUUAUCGUAUCCGCAUUCGUCGAGGUGGCAGGAAACGUCAGGUUCCAAAGGGAGCAACUUACGGUAAACCAACUAAUCAUGGUGUUAAUCAACUAAAGAAUCAGCGUUCAAUCCAAGCAGUUGCUGAGGAACGUGUUGGUCGUAAAUGUGGUUCACUUCGAGUCCUUAAUUCCUAUUGGGUUGGCGAGGACAGUACAUUUAAGUUUUACGAAGUUAUCUGCAUAGAUCCAGCUCACAAAGCCAUCAGACGAGAUCCAAGCAUUCGAUGGAUAUGUAAAGCUCAUCAGAAACACAGAGAGAUGCGUGGCCUCACUUCAGCUGGCUACAAAUCCAGAGGACUUGGCAAAGGACACAAAUUCCAUAAGACAAUUGGUGGUUCUAGACGCGCAGCUUGGAAACGUCUCAAUACUGUUGAAAUGCGAAGAAAACGCUAAUUAUUUCACUUUGAUUAUAAAUAUACGGUACAUUCAUGGUUUUCAUUGAUUUACGUGGGGUUGAUAGUACGCGUGUGACCAUAUACUAGGCUGAAGAAAUCAGUGACUGGAAGAAGUACGUACAUUGUAUACAUGAUAUUUAAUGCUGUUUGAAGCUUUUUUCAUCAUUAUUAGAUAAUGUUAGAAAUGCAGACAUCUUGUCCACAGCUGGAACCGGUAUCUACACCUAGGUUUUGGUGAAGUGUCAACUGACUUUUUUAUACAAUUCUGACUUAAUCUAUAAACCAAGUCUUAUAGAAUACAGGGUAGACUUAUAAUGAGGCUGCAGAACUUACGUAUGGUUGAUAAUUAUUUGAUGUACCAC